AGAUUUCAGUCAAACUCAUGUGGCAUCUCAUAAGUAUGCCAUUUUACACUUGCACAUUGCUCAGAGAUCAUCAGCGCAUCACACGUCUCCGACGUCCGUCCAUUCAUCCAGGCCCGAAUUGCUAUAUAUUUUAUUGCAGUCAUGUCUUUAAAAGUAGCUGUUGUAACUGGAAGCAACUCGGGAGUUGGCCUUGCCAUCGUCCGAGCUUUCUGCAAGCAGUUUGGUGAGAAUGGAGCUGUAUAUUUGACGGCAAGGAACAAGGAGCGAGGGAUGCAGGCCGUGGAAGUCUUGAAGAAAGAAGGCCUUAAUCCUAGAUUCCAUCUUCUCGAUGUGGACGAUGUUAGCAGUAUGGAGAAGCUUCGAGAUGAUAUCAAGACUGAGCAUGGGGGCUUGGACAUCCUGGUCAACAAUGCAGGAAUCGCCUAUAAGGGUAACCCUCCAAUGUCUGAGCAAGCUGCAGGAUCUGUCAAGACCAACUACCAUGGUGUCCGUCUAAUGACUGAUACGUUCCUACCGAUCAUCAGGGAUGGUGGAAGAAUCACACAUGUAGCUAGCAUGGUGGCGCCCAUGACCUACAACAAAAUGAGCAAAGAGCUUCAGCAGCGAUUCAAGCAAGUCUCUACUGUACAGGAUGUGACGGACCUCAUGAAUGAAUUCAUCGAGGCUACCAAGACUGGAGACCAUGUCAAGAAAGGUUGGGCAGACUGGGCCUAUGGGACCAGUAAACUUGGAGUCGUAGCCCUCACCAAAAUACAGGGUGAAAGCGUAAGCAAGGAUUCAAGCAAAAAGGAUGUCCUCAUCAAUUGUUGCUGCCCUGGCUACGUUGCUACCGGCAUGACGGCACAUCAUAAAGGUGAUCCCGCAAAAAGGCUCACUCCGGACCAGGGGGCAGAUACCCCGGUCUACCUGUCCCUCCUACCGGCCGGGACCAACAACAUUCAGGGCAAGCUGCUCUCCAAGAGACAGGUUAAAGAUUUCUUUGCUGGUGAUAUUGGGCCCAUUACAUUCAACUAAGUUGAUAGCUUUUAUACACAAAUUAGAGUAUUCAGUUAUCGUUGAUGUGGAAAUGAGAGAGAUUCUGAGGAUAUUGGUAGAUCGCAGAAUAUCAGGAAAAUGUGAUUUAUUUUCUAAGACCAAAAAAAAAGAAUUAUGAUAAUAUUCUUUUUUAUUAUUAAAUUCUUAGUACUAGUUAUAUUAUGAAUAUUACUUUAAGUAUUACUCUUAAUUCUGUUUUUAACCCUAUCUAGGCCGGGGUAUUUUGGGAGUUCAUAUGGCCAGGGGGGCCUCCCAGGCCCCCCCUUGAGAUCUCGGCUAUCGACCGCGCGAUCGCGCCGAAAAUUGGCACACGGGUUGUCUAGGACAUAAUCUACAAAAUGGUAUAGUACUUUAUUUCAUGCGAAUAGCUGUUAAGUGUUAAGUAAUUUAUGCGUAAUUAGUAUGCAAAAUCAUACUUUUUCCUCUAACUCCCUAAAUAAAGCUCCAAAUAUUCUAAUUUUUGGUAUAGAAACUCUUUGUGGUGUUCUGAGCAAGUAGACAUGAACAAAAUUGCGAUAUCAAUUCAUUUUCUUAUGUAUUAUAUUGUUUUUUGCAAUUUCUUAUGUAUUUCCUUGUUUUUUGUACCUUUUGUUUUUCAUUGCUUUUUCAAUGAAAUUUGUUGGGGACUCUUCUGAGAUCAUAAAAAGCAUAAAAUAAAUACAUUUAGACCAGUAAAAAUAAAAAUAAUCAUACAUUUAUGAUUUUUGGUUGAAAACACAAUUUGUGUUGACUUUGUACACAAAAUCACUUUUUUGAACAAUUUUGAUCUGACAUGCACUUAAAUAAUGUUGCGUAAUUUCCGAACCACGUACCUGGGUGACACAAAAUUGGUCUAAAAAAUUGCGCAAGACUUGAAAGUAAAAAGUCAGCGAGCGGCGCGCUCAAAAAUUCCGCGUGCCAAAAAUAUUGCGCGAAUCGUUGAGGGGGGCCUCCAAGGCCCCCCCCCCUGUCCUAGAUAGGGUUAAGUUGAAAACUCAAAAUCACUGUCCAUUCAUUGGGGAUGAACACCCUCAAAUUUUUUAUAUAUGAAAGAAAAUAUAUACUUAAUUCUAGUUUAUGAUUUAAAUGGAACUAUAUGCCCUGUUUGUAAAAAUACUGAAUCAGAUACUUCUUAAAAUAUAAAUCUUGAUUUAAUGUAGGGCUGUCACACCUUGAUAACCUUAUAGCCAGUGUAUGCCAAUGUAUGUAUGACCAGCCAUUUUAUCAUUUGAUCCUAUUCAAGAACUCAAUUUGUAAUAUCAUGAAAAUAAUCAAAUUCCUCAUGUCAACCAUUCAUUUAUUGAUAUCAAGAAAUAAUUGUCAUCUUAGUAAUUGGCAAGUCCUAAUAUAAAAAAUUGAAAACAUGAUAUGAAAAAAAAUAUGUAAAAGGUUAAAUCAGCUUACCAUACAGAUACAUAUGUUGUCAAAUGCUUGUAAAACUGUCCAAUUGUGAUAGAUUCUUAAUAACUAAUAUGGUAGUGGAUUCUCAAUUUGAAUGGGUGGGGUUUCCCUUUUGACAUCGGUCUAAAGGUAAUUACAACAGUUGUUGCAUAGUAAUAAUCAUUCCAGGAUAUAAUUUAAACUGUUCCUGAAUAGGUUUGAGUAGCAAUAUGAGAUUAUAUUUUGUAGAUUUUUGCACAGAUUAAAGAUUUAUGAUCAACCCUGUUUAGAAAGCUUCUGCCAAUUUGAUUUUAACUAUCGUUUUACUAUGCUCUGGUAGGGGUAAAGUUGAACUGUCAGCAGACUAUUUGAUGUGACAUGGCUUGCUGAUUUUAUAGGAUGCUAUUAAUCUUCUUUCUUUUUCUUAAGUUAAAGUUACCAUUAGAUAAUCAGAUUCUUGUUCAACUGUAGCAACAAGAAAAUAAAUAAAACAAAUUGAAGAUACUCGGGGAUUAGGGUGACGUUGCCACUUGAAAUGUCAAUAUGAGCACCUGUAACUGCAAACAACCUAGUGAAUUAGGUAAAAGGGUCAUUUGAAAUGAAAAUGGGCAAGUAAAUCCACCCCUAACAGAAAGAAAAGCCAGAUUGUUCACAAUCUGAUCACGUUAUUUGUAUGUGAUAUUAUGUAUGGAUGAAUUUAUUCAUUCAGUCUUUAUUCAGUCUAUUUUAUUUCAAUUUUGUGUUUUCUUUUUUCUAUAGUGCAUAGCAGUACAAUGUUUGUACUAACAGAAUUAAUACAUUGGUGUAGCAUCUACAUGUUUUCAUCUAGGUCGAAGAAGUUGUAAAAUUUUUGUAACACAUUAUAAAUAAAAUUUAGAUAAUUUUUCUCUUAA